GCUGGAGCGUCCGGGGCCGAAUCCACGCGGCGGACUCCGCCUCUUCCUUUCGGCGCUGAGGCGGCUGCAGCGAGGGCACGGCGAGGAGGCCAUCGUCCCCCCCCCAGACUCGUCGAAAAUGCGUUACAUUGCAGCUUACCUUCUUGCUGUUCUUGGAGGCAAUGAUUCUCCAAGUUCAAAAGAUCUGAAGAAAAUUCUUGACAGUGUAGGCAUUGAAACAGAUGAUGAACGCAUGAACAAGGUCAUUAAUGAGCUGAAUGGGAAAAACAUCGAAGAUGUCAUUGCCCAAGGUAACAGCAAGCUUGCCAGCAUGCCGGCAGGUGGAGCGGUAGCAGUCUCCGCUGGAGGCCCCGCUGCUCCUGCUGCAGGCGCUGCACCUGCUGCUGCUGAGGAGAAGAAAGAAGAAAAGAAAGAAGAGUCGGAAGAAUCAGACGAUGAUAUGGGAUUUGGAUUGUUUGACUAAAAUUUUGUUAAGGGUUAUUCUAUAAUAAAUCUUGAUUGAAAGA